AUGGCACAUGCUCUCUCCGCGCAAAGUAGCCAACCAACUUGGGGAGGUUCUAUUCCGGGACAUAGAGUAGUCCAUCGUGAUCGGGAGGAGGCCCAUCGCACUCUGUUUCGAGAUUAUUUUAGUAGUAAUCCAACCUACGAUGAAGAUACAUUUCGUCAAAGCGGCGGCGGCGACACCUUGUUUGUGGCAGCUGCGGCGGCAGCGCCACCUUUUCGUCUUGGGGCGACGCCGACACCUUCAUCCGGUAGUCUCGGCACCUUUUCGGCGGCGGCGAGGGAUUCGACCUGUUCAGGGGCGGCGGUGGAGGGCGACGAGGGGGAGAUGAAAGGAGCAAAGAGGAAAAAGACCGCGAGAGGUUGA